GGGGUACACUUGUUGUUGUACCGUUGAAAGUUGGGGGUGAAAGUGGCGCUAUCGGGGUGCAAAGACGUCGGAUCUCCCAUUCAAAAGUUGUAUUCGAAGAAAUCACUGAAACCAAGAAGAAGUGGGUGCUCUAGAAGGGAAGCAACGUCCUCCUCCAGAUACGGUUUGCUGGAAUGGGUAAUCUUCUAAAAGUCCUUACAAGGGAAAUAGAGAACUAUCCACAUUUUUUCCUGGACUUUGAAAAUGCACAGCCCACAGACUGUGAGAGAGAUGUAUGGAACCAGGUGAAUGCGGUGCUCCAGGAAUCUGAGAGCAUCCUCUCUGGCCUACAGGCCUACAAGGGAGCCGGACAGGAGAUACGAGAGGCCAUUCAGAACCCCAAUGACAUGAUCCUACAGGAGAGAGCCUGGAACUCAGUCUGUCCCUUAGUCAUACGACUCAAAAAGUUGUACGGCUUCUCGCUGAGACUAGAGAGGGCCCUUCAGAGCCUGCUGGAGUCCCUGACAUGCCCCCCGUACACCCCCACCCAGCACCUAGAGAAGGAGCAGGCUCUGGCCAAACAGUUUGCUGAGAUCCUUCACUUUACCCUGCGCUUCGACGAACUCAAGAUGAGAAUUCCUGCCAUCCAGAAUGACUUCAGUUAUUACAGGAGGACCAUCAGCCGAAACAGGAUAAACAACAUGAAUUUGGAUAUAGAGAGAGAGGUCAACAAUGAGAUGGCCAACAGAAUGUCACUGUUCUACGCCGAGGCGACGCCCAUGCUGAAAACUUUAAGCACAGCUACGACAAACUUCGUAACAGAGAACAAGACAUUACCCCUGGAGAACACCACUGACGUUCUCAGUACAAUGGCCAGUGUCUGUAAAGUCAUGCUGGAGACACCAGACUACACGUGCCGGUUCAACAGUGAGGACACGCUGCUGUUCUGUAUGAGAGUGAUGGUUGGAGUCAUCAUCCUGUACGACCACGUCCAUCCCAACGGAGCCUUCAACAAGUCCUCCAAGAUAGACAUGAAGGGAUGCAUAAAGGUCCUCAAAGAACAGCCAGCAGAUAAUGUUGAAGGUCUCCUGAACGCCCUCAAGUUCACCACCAAACACCUGCACGACGAGUCCACUCCAAAAAACAUCCGCUCCAUGCUUCAGUAACGUUUUUAUAUGAAGAGGAUCAAUGUACUGACCUCAACGAAAGAUGUAUAUGUUUACAUAAUUUAAAAGACUGGAUGUUAAUACUUGUGUAUUUACAUAGUCAUUCCCUGCAAGUUACUGAAACUUAUAGAACGUACAUCUUUUACUCUGAAAAAUGAUUUGCCUUUCUCUGUUAUUAUGUUAACAUACCUUUCAGCCUUACAAACUGAGCUUGGCAAGUAGCGUUUGGAGAAACAAGCACUCUGGUUGGGUCCUGUGACUGAGCCAAGCACUCUGGUUGGUUCCUGUGAGUGAGCGGGCGAAUGAAAGGCGCUUCAUCUGUGGUUUGUGUCAACAAAACAUGAAUUCCAAAUCAACUCCUAUCCUGGGGUGUAUUAAUUAGUCGGAUUCCGUUUACUGCAGCAACUAAACGGAAACAAACAGAGCAGACGGAAACAAACGUGGAGGGACCUACCUGCAUGUGUCCAAUAGAAACUCUUGUUUCUUUUGCAAAACGUUUUCCGAUUGAAAUAAGUGUUUUCCGUUGCAAAGGAAUCCGACUAAUGAAUACACCCCAUGUUCCAGAUCGGUUUGUCCUGUCUUCCCAACUCUUGUGGAUGGCAAGGUGAAGAUUGUUCAACCAUACUCAUUCCUCCUAUCUACAAGAGUGCCUAGGGAGUAGUGGCUGGUUUGGAAUUUAGCAAGGGAAGCGUUGAGGGGAAAAAGUGAUGACUUUCAUAUAACGUGUUCUCAGUAAGUUGGUGGACUUUGUGCUUUGUUGGCAAGAAAAUGACAGAAAAGGCAGUAUGUGCCAUAAGAAAUAAACAGAUCAACCAAAUGUUUAUUUGGAUUGGGACACAGUGUGAUUUUAGUAAUUUAUUUUUCAUGAGGGGUUUUUCUUGUCUGUAUUUGGGGCUCUGUAUCUAACAGAAAUCUAUUGUUCAAAAAAGCAGCUUUAAAUAAAAACUGUCAGGUUAUAUUUAAGUGACACAGAGUGGCAAAAACAAUUCCUUUUGUGAUCUUUACUCCUGUAGUAGGAUGGCGGUGAUGAUGAUGAUGAUGAUGAUGAUGAACCUUCUCUCCUAGUUAUUCUCCUUUAUACUGUAAGACCAGUCAGACUGUUGUCCCAUUCUCUACCCCUAUAGAGUACCACAGUAUGAGUCAUAAU